AUGGAGAAACCAUCGCGGCCGCCACCACCACCGUCAACAUCGCUCCUCCGCCACCUAAUCAACUUUGAUACAGCUGUUUCCCUCACUCUCUACAACCUCACUCAACCCAUCCUGCCUCGUCCCUUCCUCAAACUUCUUGAAAUCUCCGGCGACGGCCGUCUCUUCUUCCCUAUCCUCCUUUCCCUCCUUCUCUCUCCUCUCCGAUCCGCUUCUCCGCUACUCCUGACCUUACUUGUUAACCUUCUCAUCGGAUCUCUGCUCGAUCUUAUUCUUAUCGGUCUCAUCAAACAUCUCGUUCGCCGCCCCCGCCCCGUCUAUAACAAACACAUGUUCCUCACCUUUGCCGUUGACCACUGGUCCUUCCCCAGCGGCCAUGCUUCUAGAGUUUGCUUCACCGCUUCCUUGUUUUAUCUUUCCUCUGAUUUAAUCCCAAGUAUUUUCCUUCAAUUGAAGUCUGGCAUGUUAGGAUUGGAUGAAUUUGAGAGUGUUAAGCGUUUAAAUGUGUGGUAA